AUGCCUACAGUCACAGGUCUCCAAUUCGAGCACUACCACGCACCGAACACGCUAGGCAUGCAAGAGACCCAACCUCGGCUCUCCUGGCGUUUCCGCGACGUCCCAGCCAACUACCAACAGGCAGGAUACGAGCUAGAGAUCUCGCGACAAUCAUUUCCCUCUCAACAAGUUUCCAAGUCUACAUAUCGUGUUGACUCGUCCUCUUCCCGCCUCGUGCCAUGGCCAGACCCUCACCCCUUGCAAUCCCGCCAGAAACUCUCCGCACGAGUCCGCGUAUGGAAUGCCACUGGUCAAUCCACGGCAUGGAGUGAUUCAACCUCUCUAGAGAGCGGUCUUCUUUCGCGCUCGGAUUGGCAAUGCGACCGUAUCGCUGCCCCCUGGGGACCAGGCACCCAGACCGCCGAUCCAGAACAACUCUACCAGAAAGAGUUCGCGGCCUGCGCGCCCAUCACUCAGGCAAGACUGUACAUCACCGCCCAAGGGGUCUACGAAGCCGAGAUAAAUGGCCACCGCGUUAAAGACCAUUUUCUACCUCCGGGUUGGACCGCAUAUGAUGCCCGACUGCAGUACCAGACAUACGACGUCACGGAGUUGCUGUCCAGCGGAGACAACUGUAUCGGAGUGCGUGUCGCAGAGGGGUGGUUUUCCGGUCGCAUCGGGUUUGAAGGCGGACAUCGCAAUAUCUGGGGACCGCAUACUGCGUUGUUGGCGCAGUUAGAGAUGGUGUAUGCGGACGGGCAGGUCGAGCACGUUGUGACGGAUGGGUCGUGGCGGGUGACGAAGGGUCCGAUCCAGAAGGCAGAGAUAUAUGAUGGGGAGAAGUACGAUGCGAGAUUGGAUAUUGAUAAGUGGUCGUCUGUUGGGUGUACUGACGGAAAAUGGGAGCCUGUUCUUCGCAUGGAGCCUUUACCGGAUAUCGUUGAGCUGACGGCAGGGUAUGGGGAGCCUGUUCGGCGGAUCGAAGUGAUCAACCCAGUCAAGAAGCUGAUUACGCCAUCUGGGAAAGUGGUCUUGGACUUUGGACAGAAUCUUGUUGGGUAUGUCCGGUUGAAGAAUAUCACGGGUCCGCGUGGCCAUCGCAUCGCGCUCUCCCAUGCAGAGGUGCUGGAGAAGGACGAACUGUGUACGAGACCGCUGCGGAUCUGCCAAGCAGUCGACGAAUACACGCUCAAAGGCGAUCAGAACGGCGAGGUCUACGAGCCACGCUUUACAUUCCACGGUUUCCGGUAUGCGCAGAUCGACGGGUGGAGCAGCGACGUUGAUCUCGAGAGUUCCGCAGAGGCCGUGGUCUGCCAUACAGACAUGAAACCAUCCGGCUCAUUCUCUUGUUCGGACCCGCUGCUUAAUCAACUCUAUCAGAACGUCCAAUGGGGCAUGCGAGGGAACUUCCUGUCCGUGCCGACGGAUUGUCCCCAGCGUGACGAGCGACUCGGAUGGUCCGGCGACCUGGCCUUAUUUGCUCCCACCGCGACUAUGAUUUUCGACUGUUUUGGCAUGUUGCGCAACUGGUUAAUCGACGUGGAGCAUGAUCAGAAAGUUCUCGACGGGGUCCCAGCAAUGGUGACACCGAACGCCACACUUCCUGACCCCAUAUGGUGUCGACGAAAGCCGUGCGCAAUCUGGCACGACGUGACCAUUCUAGCACCGUGGGCUUUAUACCAAGAAACCGGAGACAAGAACAUUCUCCUUCAGCAGUAUGACAGCAUGACGACGUGGAUGAAAACACUUCCGAGAAACAAGAUGGGUGCUACGCAUCUCUGGGACACAAGUAUCUUCCAGCUCGGCGACUGGCUUGACCCUGCAGCCCCUCCCGACGCCCCGUGGAAAGGCUUGACAGAUGCCAAAAUGGUCUCCAACGCAUUCCUCAUCCACAGCCUGGACCUCAUCUCCCGAAUCGCCACUAUCCUUGAAAAACCCGACGACGCCAAAAUGUACUCAUCAGACGCAGUGCUCACCCGAGAGCAAUUCCAAGCCGAAUACGUAACCUCCAACGGACGCAUCGCCUCCGACUCCCAAGCAGCCUACACGCUCGCCAUCUACUUCGACCUGCUCACGCCCGCACAACAAACCCGAGCCGGGUCACGUCUCGUGGAACUCGUCCGCAAGAACAACUUCCACAUUGGAACCGGGUUCGCGGGAACCCCGUUUCUCUGCGAAGCGCUGCUCCGAACGGGCCAUGUGCAGAUUGCGUAUGCGAUGUUGACGGAACGCACGUGUCCGUCAUGGUUGUAUCCUGUGACGAUGGGUGCUACUACGGUUUGGGAACGCUGGGAUAGCAUGCUACCGGACGGGUCGAUCAAUCCUGGCGAGAUGACUUCCUUCAAUCAUUACGCGUUUGGGGCAAUUGCACGGUUUCUGUACGAGAGGGUAGCAGGGCUGGAAAGCAUUGAGCCUGGGUGGCGGCGGUAUCGCGUUCGGCCAGCGAUUGGGGGAGAGAUUACGAGUGCGAGAGCGGAGCAUGAGGCACCGCAUGGGAGAGUGUCUUGUUCGUGGGAGACGGAGAAGGUGAUUGAGAUAGAGGAGAAGAUUACAGUUAGGGUUACUGUGCCAUACGGGGUGGUCUGCGAGGUGGUUAUCCCGGAUGGAGCGGAAGAAAGGACCGAGGUUGUCAGUGCUGGUGAAUGGGAGUUUCAGAGCGUUUUUAUGCGGGAUUACGAGUGGCCGGUCAAGCCUUUGCCACCCAAGUCUUAG